AUGAUUUUGGUUCUAAAAUUUUGGCUUGGUUUCCUUUCCAAACUGGCUGCUGGAGGCAAUCAGCAUGCUCAAGCGAAGCUUUAUGCCAUUGCCAAUGCCAUUCCUCCAGGGAAGUUACAAUAUUUCCUCUUUCCCUUGCUUAGUAUCUUAGCUUUUACAGCUGUGGAUCAAGCUCAGGAUCAAUAUGUUGAGCUAGUUAACGCCUACUGCUGUUUAUCUCUGUCAGGGUUCAUCAGUAUAGAUUGUGGAAUACCAGAUAAUGCUACCUACACCGAUAAAAGAACAAACUUAAAUUACGUUUCUGAUGCUGCAUUCGUUGACACUGGCAUAAGUACGAAAAUAUCAACUGAAUUCAGGACAUAUGACAAAAACCAGCAGCUACAGAAUCUUAGAAGCUUUCCUGAGGGAAACAGAAACUGCUACAAGGUUGCAUUAAAAAAGGGCAGUAAAUAUUUGAUCAGAGCUACUUUCAUGUAUGGAAAUUAUGAUGGUCAAAACCAAGCACCACAGUUUGAUAUCCAUCUAGGAUCUAGCAAGUGGGAUACAGUUGAAACGAUUAACGCAACCAUGAUUAUUUCAAAGGAGAUCAUACAUGUGACUAACGUGAAUGAUUUACUCGUCCGCCUAGCAAACACUGGCUCUGGGACGCCUUUCAUUUCAGCUUUAGAAUUGAGGCCUCUAAAGAAUGCGUCGUACAAAACUGAAUCAGGAUCAUUAGUACUCUUCACUCGAUUAGAUGUUGGUUCAACAACAAAUCAAACUGUUAGGUAUGCAGACGAUGUUUACGACCGCGCCUGGACUCCUUAUCAUUUCCUUAAUGGGGCAGAGAUAAAUACCUCACAAACCAUUGAUUCACAAACUCAAAAUAUUUACCAGCCACCAUCGGUUGUCAUGAGCACUGCUGCCACACCUGCAAAUGCUAAUGAGAACAUGACACUCUCUAUAAACAUGGAAGAUAGUACUCUCAAAUUUUUUGUCUACAUGCACUUCUCUGAAAUUUUAAAACUCAAAGCCAACCAGUUCAGAGAAUUCAACAUUUCUUUUAAUGGAGCAUACUGGGUUGGACCUGUAGUUCCUCAGUACUUGUACACAACAACAGCAUAUAGUCUAUCAGCACCGACUGCAGGAUAAUAUAAGUUUUCACUCCAUAAAACAGAACGUUCAACGCUUCCACCCCUUCUGAAUGCAAUUGAGAUUUAUUAUGUGCUUCAACUCUCGCAGUCCCAAUCAAACCAAGAAGAUGUUGACGCCAUUACGAAUAUCAAGUCAUCAUACGGAAUAAAGAGAAACUGGCAAGGAGAUCCAUGCACCCCUCAAGGGUACUUGUGGGAAGGUCUCAGUUGCAGCUACAGCGACAAUGAUAUGCCUAGGAUCAUAUCCUUGAACUUAUCCUCAAGUGGAUUGACUAGCGAAAUACCUCCUGCUAUAUCCAAUCUCAAACUCUUAGAAUCUCUAGACCUAUCAAAUAAUAGUUUGACAGGAUCAGUGCCAGAUUUUCUUUCUCAGAUGUCAUCCUUGAAAUUCCUGAAUUUGACGGGAAAUAAACUCAGUGGUUCGGUUCCAACUUCACUCAUUGAAAGGUCAAAGCAGAAUUUGCUAGUGUUAAGUGUUGGUGGAAAUCCAAAUCUAUGUGCAUCAAUUUCAUGCAAAAGGGACAAGAAGAACAACUUGGUUGUUCCAGUAGUGGCAUCGGUUGCUGGAGUGGUCAUAGUCACAAGUGCAUUAGCUAUUUUAUUCUGCUGUCUUAAAAGAAGAAAACAAAAAGUAUUACAAGCUAGAGAAGAGGCUGCCAAAACCAGCAACACAUACAAGUCACUGAAAUCAAAAGGACGACACUUCACAUACUCAGAGGUCCUGAAAGUUACCAACAACUUAGAAAGGGUUCUUGGUAAGGGAGGAUUUGGAACAGUUUACCAUGGCUACUUGGAUGAUGACACUCAAGUAGCAGUGAAGAUGCUCUCCCCAUCGUCAGUCCAGGGGUAUAAGCAGUUUCAGACAGAGGUCAAACUUCUUUUGAGAGUUCAUCACCGGAACUUGACAACACUUGUUGGGUUCUGUGAUGAAGGCACCAACAUGGGUCUCAUCUACGAGUACAUGGCUAAUGGAGAUUUAGAAAAAUUUUUGUCAGGUUCAAACACAAAUGUGUUGAAGUGGGAGAGGAGACUUCACAUAGUAGUUGAAGCAGCAAAAGGAUUGGAAUAUCUGCACAAUGGGAGCAAGCCGCCAAUCGUGCAUAGGGAUGUGAAGACAUCAAACAUCUUAUUAAAUGACAAAUUCCAAGCAAAACUUGCUGAUUUUGGACUGUCCAGAUCUUUCCCAGUCGAAGGUGGCACUCAUGUAUCAACAGUUGUUGCUGGUACCCCUGGCUACCUUGACCCUGAAUAUUCUGAGACAAACUGGCUAACAGAGAAAAGUGAUGUGUACAGCUUCGGGGUUGUUCUCUUAAAGAUAAUCACAGGAAGGCCAGUGAUUGCAGUGGGAGCUGAGAGGAGUAUUCACGUGCGUCAAUGGGUCAGUUCUAUGCUCGCAAACGGUGACAUUAAAAAUGUUGUUGAUCCAAGCUUGGGUGGAGAUUUCAACAUUAACUCUGUCUGGAAAGCAGUAGAAAUAGCAAUUGCCUGUAAUACUCAAAGUUCUACUGUCAGGCCAACUAUGCAUCAAGUAGUGACAGACUUGAACGAAUGCUUAGAGAUAGAACAACACAUUAUGAAAGUGAACCAUUAGUUUCCAUUAAAAUGAUGACUGAAUCAACUCCCCUAGCAAGGUAGUUAAGCAUGUACGAAAGACUUUGUUUUCUUCAUAAUAUGUUGAUUUCCAGUGAAAGUUAUGUUUUUUAUGUACUGCUUGUUGAUCAAGGUCUCUUGUGCUAAAUUAAUAAGAAGAAGAAAAAAGAAA